GAGGCUGAUGAACUGGAGAAUGUCAACUGGAAAACGCACAGCAACGUGCUCGAAGGUGACUAUCAAUCGGUGAUGCCAUUUAAAGAGGUGAUUUGGCGAGAACAAAUGAUUGAUUUGGAAUCGCAGCUAAACGAACAAGCCGAACGUUUGCAGCAAAUUCGGUUGAAUUAUGACGCGGAAUUCACGGCGAAGUUCAAUGAACAUUUGAAGAGUUGUCUCGAAGCAAAGCACAUGACGCAACUAACUGCUCCAUCCGUGACACUAUCAUCUCCGAUUGAAUCGAGAGCACAACCGCAGUUUCUCGUUCCUUCAGCUCUACAAACAAGCAGUUUCGUGAGCAGGACAUCUUUUAUCAGUCACGCUGCUGACGACUUCAAUGAACCAGCGAAGAGUUACAUCGUGAACCAUUCUCUUCUUUCUCAGCCACCCGUGUCGAGCAGUCCAGACCGCAAUGCACAACAAAAUACUUCUUCACAGUCAUUCUUCAGUUUCAAGCAAUUAAGUUCUACCCCGAAACACGAUAGCAGUGUCACUACUCAACAGCACUCGCAACAUCAGAAGAUGUUCUCAGGAGAAUGUCAACAAUCGCAUUUGAUUGGCAACUACCAAAAUGUGCCAAAAUCCGUUUUGUUCUCAUCACUGCAGCAACAACGAGUACAACCACAACAGUUCAAUGAAAGCGCGACGUUGUGUGAUCAGUCGAUGAAUCGAUCAUCACAAAUGAUUAAGAACGAUACUAUUUUAUCUUCGACUGUGAACUAUGAAACAUCGCCGAUCGUUUUUGAGUCCACGCAUCCAGCAUUGUCAAGAACUGAUUCGGGAGCUGCUUCGACCAGUGAUGCUCUUCCCGCUGCAUCUCACUCCACGCCAUUCGUUCAUGAACAAUGUAUCACUGAAUUUAUCGAUACCACCGAAGUUUCGCGAAAAGACAGCCUAGCGUCACCUUCAGUGGAGAACACCAUGAAUGAAGAACGGAUUAUUAGCGAACAAAUCAAUCAGGUCGAAGUUUUGGAUGGGAAAUCAUCUAGUAUGGAAUUACCUUCCACAUCAUUGAAUCGUCCAUCGAUAUUUGAGAAUUGGUUCGAGCUAACGAAGCAGUUCGAAGCGAGUAUACAAGACUUCAACAAAUCAUCGAAUAAUGAUUUGCGCUCAGACUUGAAAUAUACAAUCAAGGAAAGGACAGCCGUAUGGACAAAGAAAUACGCUACAGAGGAUGAAAUUCAAAGAGCGGCUCGCUUUUUCAUCGAUCUCCUAUCGGGAAUCACCGUUUUUGGUUUCAAAGACAAACGUAUCAAUUUAAAAGGCGAAGGCUUGGCUCAGCAGUGGGCUAUCGCUUAUAUUAUUCAAGCUUAUAUUAAUCUAGUGAUACAAGAUUCGAGUUUAGUUGACGUUGUGGCUGCAAUCCUAUCACGAAUAGCGUCCAACUGCGAGUCAUUCAAAUCAUUUCUAUCGGCGAAGCUCUGCACUUCAUCUGCCGAAAAAGUGGUUGAAUUGAGUCAACAGUCGGCGAAUGCGAGUGAGGCGACUUCUGCUUGGGGCAAUCGGGAAAAUACUUUGAUACGGUUAUUUGCGGCUGUUCAUUCAGCAGCGUGCUUGGAGCAUGCCGGACCACAACUGAAUGAAGAAAGUGGUACCAGAAACGGUGUUCCUCUGCUCUGGAUGAUAACCGCUAUUGCACUCAAACAGUCAUCAUCACUUGCGGUGGCACUCAUUGCUUCAUUAUUAACGCAAAGUGGCUGGUUACUGCGUGAGGUUUACAAGAAGCAAUUUGAUAAAAUAUUAGCGGUGAUCGGUGAAAAGCUGAUUCCGCAAUGGGAUCGAACCCUGAAAAAUUCAUCGCAUGAUGUGGUGAACAGUUUCCAACGAAUGUGGCUUGCAACGCUGAAGGAUUCUUAUGAAAGGGGCCAGUUCUUGAAGAAACGAGACAUUUGA